AUGGUUGAUUACGAAAAGCAGUUGUUAGAGGACUUAGAGAGCUCGGAUGAUGAAGAUAGGAGCUUACCUCACCCACAAGGAGGUACACUACAGCAGAUGUUGACUGGUUUGAUAACGUCCAAUGCGACAACUAAUCCUUUCCAAGUCGUCCUAGAGCAUCCAGAUAUUGAGUCUGUAACCAACUAUUCAAGCCUAUCCAAGGUAUAUCCAUUAAUACCGAUGCUAAAAGCUAAAUUCAAAGAGCAAGCAGAUGAGAGUCAGACUGAUUAUUUGGAGUUGUUGGCCGAGGUUGAUAAUGAUGCAGAGUAUCAGUCUGAAGAAUACAAGUUCAUAGUCACUAUUAAUGAAUUGUCUUCUAUCAUAAAUAACGAAAUCCAAGCGUUCACAAUGAUUUUGAAGAUGCAGUACAAGUUGGUAUUUCCCGAAUUGGAGAACCUUGUACUUAACAAUAUCGACUAUGCAAGAAUAGUGUUGAUUAUCAAACAAGAUCUCGCUAAUAUAAAAAACUACGAAUCCAAAUUGAAAACAAUCAUGACCAAUGACAAGGUCCUAUUAGUGAUCAUAUCAGCACUACAACAGGCGAAGGAUGAGUUCAAAUUGUUGGAAAAGGAUUUAGACAAAAUAAUGUCAUGUGCACUAUUGAUCCUUGAGUUGGAUGAAAUUUUACAACAUCUAUCGAACUUUAUUUCAGACAAACUUGCAAAGUUUGCUCCAAACGUCUCAGCGAUUAUUGGGCCAAUCACAACUUCGCAAUUGCUAAUAGCUACUGGAUCUCUAAAGCAACUUGCAUUAACUCCUUCGUGUAAUAUACCCUCUUUGGGUAUCAAGGAUCUAGCUUCAACCACCAAAACUGCGUCAAGAAACAUAAGACAAACAGGGUACAUUUACCACAGCAGUAUUGUAAAAUAUCUUCCACCUGAGAUACAAAGAUCGGUGAUGCGAAUCAUUAGCGGGAAAGUUAUCUUGGCUGCAAGAAUAGACCUAGCAAAAUCAAGCUCUGAUGGAGAUUCAGGCGUCAAACUAAGGUCGCAGAUAGAAGCAAAGAUUGAUAAAUUGUUGGCGCCACCAGAGCAAACACCAAACAAGGCAUUGCCCGCACCAAUUGAAAUUAAAUCCAAGAAAAGAGGUGGUCGAAGAUUCCGCAAAAUGAAGGAACGAUUUCAAAUGUCUGACUUACGUAAAGCCCAGAACAAAAUGGAGUUUGGUAAACAAGAGGAAACGAUUUUGGACGAUUUUGGAGAGGAGAUUGGUCUUGGUAUGAGUCGAACUGGAGGUGGUAAUCGGUUGGGACAAAUACAGAUAAACAAAAACACUGAUGCUAGAAUGUCGAAAGCAAUGGCAGAACGAUUGAACAAACAGAAACAAGUUGCAAAUGUUGCAAACUUUUGGGAAGAAGAUUUUGAUAGUAUUAUUUUGCUGAAACCGGAGGAUACUACUAAAAAUGAGUCAGAGAGCCGAUGGCUAGGCACUCUGAUGAAGAACAAAGCUAGAUCCGAGCAGCCGCCUGAAAAGAAACAAAAGUUGAAAUAG